CUAGGGCUACUGGAGGCUAAAGAUGGAAGUCAAAAGAUAUCUUAUUCUGCUGCUCGUUGCAUCAUUGUUAUUUGUAGCAAGAGCUGAUGAUGACGACGAAGAGGAAGAUGAGGGCGAAGAGGAAGGAGAUGGUGUUAUGGUGCUGACAAACGACAACUUUGAUGAUACUAUAGCAGCCAAUGAGAAUGUUUUGGUGGAAUUUUAUGCUCCCUGGUGUGGCCAUUGUAAACAAUUAGCACCAGAAUAUGCUGCGGCUGCCAAACAGUUGAUAAAAAAUGAGCCACCAGUCCUUCUGGCCAAGGUUGACGCCACACAGGAAUCUGAGCUCGGAGAAAGAUUUGAGAUUUCUGGAUACCCAACUCUCAAGUUCUUUAAAGGAGGAGUUGUCAGUGAUUAUGAGGGACCACGUGAGACUCAGGGUAUCGUGAAUUACAUGGAAGAGAGAGCAUCGCCAGACUGGAAGCCACCAGCAGAUGUUGUAGUGACGGUAACCACGGAUACAUUCCAGGACUUUAUUGACAGUGCUGACCUUGUAUUACUGGAAUUCUAUGCUCCAUGGUGUGGACAUUGCAAAAAGUUGGCCCCAGAAUAUGAGAAAGCAGCCAAGCGGCUGGCAGCCAUAGAUGAACCAAUACCUCUAGGAAAGGUAGAUGCUACAGUAGAAACAGAGCUGGCGACAAGGUUCGGUGUAACAGGCUAUCCAACAAUGAAGAUGUUCAGAAAAGGCCGUGACUCUGAUUACAACGGGGAAAGGGAUGUGUCAGGUAUCAUUAAUUACAUGAUUAAGCAGCAAGGUGAGGCUUCGAAACUGAAACACACAACAAAGGAAGUGAGACACUACAUGCUUAAAGACCAGAUCACUAUCAUGGGCUUCUUCGAUAACAUCAAUGACCCACUUCUUCGUGUCUACAUGGAUGCAGCUAAUGACCUGCGAGAGGAUUUCACCUUUGGACAUUCUGUUUCCAAGGAUGUUCGUGAGGAGUACAAGGUUAACCCUAAAUCUGUGGUGGUCUUCAUCCCAGCGAGAUUUUACACCAAGUACGAACCGAAAUGGCACAUUUUCAAAAUGGAAGAUGACGCAACUCCAGAGGAUGUACAAAAAUUUAUUCAGGAUCACAAACAUCCACUGGUUGGACAAUAUACCAGUGAACAGGAGAAACACUACAAAAAUAGACGCCCUUUGUGUCUGGUGUUCUAUGCUGUGGACUGGAGCUUUGAUCACAGAGACGCUACCGAACUGUGGCGGAAACGUGUGGCAAGUGUGGCUGCAGCCAACAAAGACAUCCUCUUUGCUAUAGCAGAUGAAGAUGAUAACAAGCGACUCAUAUCUGAAUUCCGCCUUGAAGAGUCUGGAGAGGAACUGAACAUCGGUUGCUAUGACAGCAAGAAUCGUCGAUACAAGCUCGACGACAUGGAGGAGUGGGAUGAUGAUGACGUGGAAGAUUUUCUCAAAAAGUUUCGCAAAGGGAAAUUGCCUCAGAUUAUAAAAUCACAGAAAGUGCCCAAGAAACAGACAGGCCCAGUCGUGACCGUGGUAGGGAACUCCUUUAAAGACAUUGUUAUGGACCCUACAAAGGAUGUCCUUAUCGAGCUAUAUGCCCCUUGGUGUGGCCACUGUAAAUCACUUGAACCAAAAUAUGCAGAGCUUGCCAAACGUUUCAAAAAGGAGAAAAACCUUGUAAUUGCUAAGAUGGAUGCCACAGCAAAUGAAGCACCAGAAGCUUACCGUGUUGGGGGGUUCCCCACCAUCUACUGGGCUCCUGCUAACAAUAAGGAAAAUCCUGUACAGUAUGACCGUCAACGUGAGGUUGAUGACUUUGAAAAGUUCAUCAAAGAAAAAGCAACAGUUUCAUUUGGAAAAGAAUUGAAGGAGGAGCUUUAAUAUGUUUAUAAACAAAGUUUUAAUUCAGGGGAAUGUGAAAAAACAGCAACAUUUUUACCAAAUCUCUUCCAGAUGGUAAUUUUGAUUUACUGAAAAAAUAGAUUUAUUAUGAGGACAUGUGAAGAAAAUGGACUCCAUACAUUUCUCCAUCAACCUCACUUUCAAUGUGUCUUACUUAUUAAUACUGAACAAUACAACGAAAAUGAGAUCCAACAUCAGAGUGUCCUGGAUUUAAUGAAGGUCGGCAUUCUUCUGAAGAUGGAUUCCUGAUGAAAUACAGAGUCUGAAUAAUUAUCAAAGUAAGCAGAACAGACAUCUGUCAGACGAUCUCAACUGGAUUUAUUGGCAGUUGACGUGUUUCAAUAUACUAUCAUAACAACGCAGUGAUAUUUGAAGAAGCUUGAAACAAGUCACUUUAAGAAAUAUUAUUAAAGUCGUAAUAUAACAUGUUUCUAUAGGAUAUAGACUAUAUUGCUUUAGGUGUGGGGAGACUUUUAAUUCGAAACGUUGCAUUUGUUCUGACUUUCUUUUGAAUACUUAAAACUUUAUUGGAAAGGAUAUUUAGGGUAAGAUAUAUACAAGAAAUUUUGUGUUUGGUUUUGAUCUACUAUAGUGAUAGUCCACGGUUAUUAAAUCCCAUGAUAAUUUGAAUUGUUGUGUGUAUGGAGAAAGACGUUUAUUUCUCCUUUGAAUUUGAAAGUGAUUGUUUGUAUAUUCUGCUGUUUUCUUGGUACGUAACUUGAAUGCUGAGAGAAAGGUACUCAUUUCUCACACUGUGUCUGUCUGUGUGUGUGUGUGUUACUUAGAUUUUGACAGUUCGGUGUGUACGUAAUAUGAAUGUUAAAACAUGUCCGUUUCUGGGGUGUUAGUGUGUGUGCAUUUCUAAGUGCCCUUUAAUAUUUGUGUUUUAUAAUUUGCAAUUGGUGGUCAAAAGUUGACUUGGAUUUUGAUGAGGGUCAGGAAUUGUCGCGAUGAUUGGCCUGUUAUGACUGCUGGUUGUUAGUGAUACAGGAAGACAUUGAGGAUGUGAACAGCAUUAGGUGAUAUUUAUAAAGGAAAACAUUGGAAAUGUUUCCUUCUGUUUUUUUUUCCAUUAUGGUUUCUUUAUCCUUGAUAGUAUUUUUGUUUCAUUCCAAGGAAACAAUGAAAGAAGCAUAAAAAAAAAGAUUUAUGUGAAAUUUCUUUCCUGGAAAAUGAGUUUGAAGCCAAUGAGUUGUUACCAUUUCUGGUAAUUAUUAAUUACUUUUUGAUAUGCUUUAUGGUCUUAAUCAUCACCAAAUAUCAAGUGGUUAAAAAUUUGUGUCAUGACAUUUUGUUUGUGAAGAAACCUCAACUCAACUGCUUCAUUAACCUUAUGUAAAUAUUAUGUAAGAUGGGGUGUUGGUUGCUCACCUCUCUAUUGUUGUCUGCAGCUGUGCUGUUUUCUUAUUUACAUCAGAAAGUACUGAUUCACAGUUUUCAAUUUUUCAGAAUAAUUUUGCUGGCAGGUUAGUUACGUCAAGUAGCAAAUAAGUGCUUUAAAUUCCUUAAUUUAAGAAAAGUAUUUUUGAUAAUAUAACACCAAACUGUGAUUAAAUAUGUAGAGAAUCGUUAGAUUCUGGUAGCGGUAUAUUGGUAUAGUGCUAUACACAAGUCUAACUUGAUGAAUAUAUAGAAAAUUUGUAAUUUAUCAAUUUUGAUAAAAUUGGCCAUUAUUGAAAGUUCUAAAAGUCAAAAUGAAUAGAGAAAGUAAAGGGUGAUCAUAUAUUGUAGUGGACAAUAAUCUAGAUUGAAGUUUUGAUCACUUUGUAACUUCAGUUUGAGGUGCUAUGCAAGCGAGAAAUAAAGCAGUUUCUAAGAA